UGUACUGCCACCGAGCGCGUUUUAGCCUUUUCUUCCAAUGCAAUUAGUCCCGGAGAAAUUAAACCGCAUCUUGGUCGCGCAGUACUGGCCGGAGCAGAUAUCUCCGUCUCGAAAUCGGUGGUGGAGGGGCCAAUACCACGGGGUUGCAAUGCUGAGCACAGACGACCAUUGUUCCAUUACAGAUACAUCUCUUUUCUUCUCGGUGUGGCCGCGUCCUCCCAGGUUCCGAAUCAUGACCAUAUGUUCAGUAUGGUAGUCGCAGAAAGUCAACAGUGUCUAUUGGAUGAAACAUCCUACUCCGAGGGUGUGAUCCCCAACUCAUCAUGCUUCCCCCAACGAACGAAAAAGACAACAAGAUCAUGGAAUAUUAUGUUUUUGCUUUACAUGGUUCUGUUACAUAUGAUUCUCGUUGCGAUGCCGGUAUUGCUCAUACACUGUCCCCAGCUUUUCCAUCUGUCACCGUUCAACUACAAUCCCCUCGCGGCUGAACUUUCAAAAAUAAUGCAAUACCCGAAGAGCGAGGACACCAUUAUUUAUUCCGAGUCAGGUCUUUAUACAGGAUCACCUAACGAGCAAAAUAACAAAGCUUGGAACACUAUUACUGAGCCCAUCUAUUUCAAUGCUACUGAAGCGGAAAUUAACCUUGCCAUCCCCUCUGUCGACAAAUCACGUGCUGUACAAGUUGCAGAUGGUGGGUAUUUGGCAUCGCUUGAGGUGUAUCAUCAUCUACACUGCCUUAAACAACUACGGAUGUGGGUAUACAAAGAUACAUUUCUUUCGGUACCUACAAACGCGAGCACCAAUCGUCUCACACAACACCUAGGACAUUGUAUCAAUAGCCUAAGACAUACGAUUAUGUGUAGUCCAUCUCUGCAAGUCAACUUCUUCCUUUGGAGAGACGACAGUAGUGCCGAAAGCAAUCUUGAAAAGCCUUUCGAGCCUGUAGUUCAGCAGAGCAAAUGUGUAGAUUGGGGCGCAGUGGAUACUUGGUCUAGGGAAAGAAAGAUCUCGACGACUCCAACGUUGAUACGCCAAGCUCGUGGAGAAUGAACCUGUGGCGGUCAACUUCACCUUUGACCAUAUAGAGAGAACCAAUGAUAUGUCGGGCGAUUGCCCACCCUCUGGUUGCAUUGUGAUGGGUUUU